CCUCGGUAGUGAACACUAACCUUUGGCAGCUUAGAAGUUGGUGGAGUAAAUUAAGGGCACACUGACAUCUGCACUUGGAAUGUUAACCAUGAGAUUAGAACUUUCUUAUUUUCUUCUAAUUGGUCUAUGUUUGGCCUUCAAGGAUCUUGCUAGGAAGGAGAAAAAAGACCAAAGUCUGCAGAUAAAUUGGAAUGGAACCGCUUUGAAUGCAAGUCAUUUUAACAACAGUGCAGUUGGCAAUGAACUGUCUGUAAAUGAUGUAACUGAAAUGAAUAGCAAUUUUGGAUUCAAUCUUUACCGGAAGAUGGCAGACAAACAUGACAAUAAUCUAUUCUUCUCACCAUUUAGUGUGUCAUAUAGUCUUGCUUCCCUAAUGUUGGGAACACAGGGAGCUACAUAUGAACAGCUGCUGGAGGGUCUAAAUUUGAAUAAAUUCAAGAACCAUAAGAAACCAUAUAUUUUGCCUGCUUUAUUUAAAAAAGCAAAAGAAAAAAGUAUGAACAAUGAAGCAUUUAUUCUAGAUAUUGGAAGCUUUUCAUUUGUGCAUGAAACAUUUCCCCUGAAAGAGGAAUUUCUCAACCUGACCGGCAAGUAUUUUGAUAUUGAAUAUCAGACUGUUGAUUUCCACAGCUCAGAGGCCAAAAAUAACAUCAAUGAUUAUGUGAAUAAAAAGACAAAAGGUAAAAUUACUCAUCUUUAUGAUGUCCUUGACCCACAGACAAAGCUUCUCUUGCUGGAUUAUAUUUUAUUCAAAGGCAAAUGGCUAUAUCCAUUUAACCCAGAUUUAACUGAGAUGGAUACAUUCUUUAUUGACAAAUAUAAUUCUGUUAAGGUCCCAAUGAUGUACAAAUCAGAUAACGUGUAUUUCAUGGUUGAUAAUAAAUUAUCCUGCACAGUUGUAAAAGUCCCAUAUAGAGGAGAUGCUUACAUGCUCAUCGUGAUGCCAGAAAAGGAUGGGGAUUUUGUCAUAUUAGAAGAUCACUUAAAUACAGAACUCAUACACAGCUGGCUUGCACAGAUGAAACCCAGAAAAAUGGAAUUAUAUCUCCCAAAAUUUAAAUUGGAUCAAAAAUAUACAUUAAGAACAUCGUUGGAAGAACUGGGAAUUCUUGACAUAUUCACUGGGAAAGCAAAUUUAACUGUGUUAACUGAGGAAAGAAAUUUAAAGCUGUCAGAGGUGACACAGAGGGCUGUAAUUGAAGUGGAUGAGAAGGGAUCAGAAGCCUCUUCUGUGACUGGAUCAGAAAUCACGGCAUAUGCUUUGCCCUUCACAAUCAGAGUGAAUCACCCUUUCCUUUUCAUGAUAAUUGAAGAAAAGUAUAAUUCACUAUUCUUCAUCGGAAGAGUGGUCAAUCCAACAAAGCUUUAAAAAAAAAAAAAAAAAAAAGAGAGCAGUUGUAAGCACUGCAUGCUGGCAUGUAUAACAAAAUGUAAUUGUCUUUAUUAUCAUAAUACCCUUUUGAAUGUGAUAAAAAGUAACACCAGAAAACAAAACCACAUCUGUAAGUUAAUGAACAGAACUCUGCAAUGAGAACUCGUCAAGCAGAUACUUUUAGAAAUUCAGCAGAAUUCAAACACAGCAGGCUACUACUAAGUCCAGGCCAAUCCUAACAUAAAUGUUUCACAAUGUUUCUAUUUUUAAAAAUCAACUCAUUGAAAUUAGUUUUCAUUUUUUAUAGUCAAUAAAUAGUUAUACAAUUUAGAAACAGA